AUGAAUUCCAUCAUUUGGCAAAACCCUUCUUUUUCCAAUCUUUAUGAUGAUAUCUGGAGAAGAAGUAGCAUUCGCAGAUCUUUCGUUUGGGCAGUUGUCAAUCUGAUUGCAGCGUUUUGGCUGGCUGCCUUUUUAAAUCCUGAAUACCUUUACCUCAAUUUCUCUCGUGUAAGCUUUGCUUUGAUUGCAUUUCAGGCUACAAUUUUUGUUAUUCUUGUUAUUGUGCUCCUCUCCUUUAUAAAUAAUCUUUAUCGAUUAUGCGUCGCUCUAAAAUUAUUCGAACCAAGCAAUUCGAAUGCAACGCUUAAUGUCGCUGAUCAGACGUUUGAGAACCAAUGUGGGCCUACCGUUUUCAAGAAAUCUAUCAUUCAUAGUCCUUUCGUUGUUUCUAAAAUAUCUCCUAGUCGCAUUGAUUCACAAAUCGAGGCACAACGAACUGUUUGGUUUCCUGGGCAGUCUUUCGGCCCCCUCAAUAUAUCUACACAAUCACCUGUUUUGAAAACUAGUUCUUCUAGGGAAAACUUUUCAGUUGUUGGCGAUCAUAGUCGGCUUUCGUCAUCACCAAGUCCUAAUAUAAUGAAUCGAUCAUCUUUGACUCAAUGGGGCACCUGCUCGACAAGUACCACUCCACCAACAACUCCUUUACAGUAUCAACUUUCUACGUCAAAAAGUUUGAGUGCUCACGUUGACAGUAAUUCUUUUGGCAGCUAUGGCAACAGUGUCGGUCGAAGAAGAGGUAUGGAUGAAGCUAUUGAAGCGUUAUUUGCGUCCUCUCCUUGUGUUGAUGAUGGCAGUGGUGAUCUUGGAUUGGGAAGACUGAAAAGAAAAACUCCUAAGGCGUUUGAUGCUCCUGAAAAGAAUUCAUCUGAGUACUGGAGAGCUAAUGGCGUAUCAGAACUCGAUUUAGAGCGUUGGACUGUGAAUAUUCGAAGAUGGUUACAUGGGACAGUUCUGCGUCGUGUCGUGGAUGAAAUUAACGUAGUCAAUUCUAAAAUCGCCAACAUUUCUGAGGACGCAUCGCCUUUAGGAUCUACUACUCUGAACACUCUGGAACAAUUGGCUAAAGGACCUUAUCAGCACAUAACCACACUUCCUAUGCUUAUUAAGUUUCUAAAUCUGACCAAGCAUCAAAACUAUAUGGUUAACCGUCUGCAAGAACUUGCACGCGGACACUGCUUGGCAGAUUUCAAAUGGGAUGCAGGUUCUCGCAGUACCUCUUUGCCAUGGAAGGAUUACCUGCCCAACGAUUCUUUAAUCCUUCUGCAUAUCUUCUCCGCUUAUAUGGACAAUUUGCUUCCUCCUGACGCUAAGUGCUUCACACAUGGUGUCUUCAGUCUAUUGCAUCUCAUUCGCAGUCCAGAUAAACCUGAUCUAAAGUUAAAGUACGAUGCACAAAUCUACGUAACUGCUGUUCAACCACCAAUGAUCAAGAUCGUUUUAGAUGGCACUGUAUACACGUUCCCUCAAGAUAGAUUCAAUCUUUACCAUGGUCUGCUUAUGUUCUUCCACUUUUACAAAACACUUGACGGCAAUAUAAGGCAUAUUUCUCUUGGCCCAUCCGGAUUGAAUGUGGCCUGGGUGUUCGACAAGCGCUAA